AUGUUGUUGCAAAUCAAAUUUCCUGAGCUAGGGUUGGCAAGGGAGGACUGCGUGGAGAUGAGCUGGAUCCAGUCGACGCUGUACGUCGCGGGAUUCCCGAUCGAAUCACGGGAGGUUCUUCUCAACAGAAGCGAUCCCGGCGUGAGGAGCUUCAAGUCGAAGUCGGACUACGUGCAGAAGCCGACGCCGGUGAAGGGGCUUGAGGGAAUGUGGCGGCGGCUGUUGGAGGCGGAGGCGGCGGCGGCGGCGGUGCUGCUGAUGCCGUACGGCGGGAGGAUGCCGGAGAUUGGAGAGUCUGCGCUUCCGUUUCCGUAUAGGGGUGGGAAUCUGUUUGAGGUUGCUCCGGUGGUGUAUUGGAAUGGAGAUGGAGAUUCGGAGAGGUAUGUAGAUUGGAUUAGGCGGCUUCAGAGGUACAUGACACCUUAUGUUUCGUCUUCGCCGAGGGCGGCGUACUUCAACUACAGAGAUCUCGAUAUCGGAGUUAAUGGCGACGGAGGGAAAACGGCGAUUUUGGGGUGCUAG